AUGCAGAUAAAAAUUAACAAUAAGCCAACUUCAGCCUUUAUCGAUUUUGGUAGUACGUGUAAUACAAUAACUGAAACAGUUUGUAAGGAAUUAAAUUUAGAAUUUUAUACUUGUACGCGUAAUAUCGUUAUAAGAGGUUUCGGAGGCUCAAAGAUAAUACCAAUUGGCGAGGUUGUAGUAAAUGUUAAUGUUGAUGAAGCCAUUUGUGAAACAAAGGCUUACAUUGUUCCUGACAUUGCUCAGGACAUUGGUGUUAUCAUCGGGCAACCUUUUACGGAAUAUCCAUAUGUUUACGUGAUUAAAACUCCUACAUCAUUAAAAAUUUACAACGCAAAUAUUUUAACCGAAUUACCGAACAUACAUGAAACAGCAGAUCGCAUUAGACUCGUGACCGAUGAAACUGUCGUUUUACAGCCCGGUGUUAAUAAAAUUGUAGUAUCAUGUUUACAACCGAUUUUUGAUUCUGUCUUGAUAAAUAAUACGGAACAUAACACUCCGCGUGCUGAAUGUAUCAUUUCAACUUGUGAAAACGAUAUGAUACAGGGUAAAACUGUUUUAAAAGUUUUUAAUAAGACUAACGAUUUCUUUAGCAUACCCGAAGGACAUUGCGUUGCACGUGCAACUAUAACAUGUGGUACAAAACAAUAUAAAGUAGGAGAAAAUCUAGAACCUUACGUACUAGAAAAACUUGAAAAUAUUUUAAAUGAUUAUUCAGAUUGUCUCCGG